UCACAGAGGUCCUUAAUCUAAAGAUGGCGGCUUCAGCGGUGAGGGGCGCUAUGGCGCUGCGUACUAGUGCUAGCCGGCCGGUGGCUUUCGUCAGAAAAAUUCCCUGGACCGCAGCCUCGAGUGAGCUGAGAGAACACUUUGCACAGUUUGGCCAUAUACGAAAGUGCAUCAUACCUUUUGACAAAGAGACUGGGUUUCACCGAGGUAUGGGUUGGAUUCAGUUUUCUUCAGAAGAAGAACUUCAGAAUGCACUACAGCAAGAAAAUCAUAUCAUUGAUGGAGUAAAGCUCCACAUUCAAGCUCAAAGACCAAAAAUUUUGCAAGGGGAUCAAACAUCUGAUGAGGAAAAAGAUUUUUGAGACUGUUACUACCUAUUAAAUAAAGUAAACAAAAUUGAAAAUUUUGUCUAAAUGUUUUUAUUUGAAACAAGUAGUUGCACCAAGCAAGAGCUUGCUUUCCCCACUCCAAAUGAAAACCGAGCUCAGGAGGGGCAGGCGUCAUUUGGCAGGACAGUUCUAGUAUGUGAACAUCCUUCUACUCACUGUGAUUGGGGCAACUGUAUUCAUCAGCAGUCCUUCUUACACAAAAUAUUAUCCCCAAAGUACUAACAUCACACAAAAGGAAGUGGUCUUAAUUUCAUGUGUGGGGCAGUAUGUUCUAUAAAUGCCAAAAGGUAGGAGAAACACAAACACAA